AUGGAAGAGAUAGACUAUCAAGAAUCACAAACGGAGGAAGCUGAAGUUUUAUGCUCGAUUUACGAAUCCGAUGAAAAUUUCAAGAAAAUAUCCGAUCAACGAUUUUCCUUCAUGUUUGGAGAUGAAGGAAGCCCAAAAUCAUUCUUAGUUCAUAUUAUAUGGACUGAAAAUUAUCCCGACGCUCUUCCCGAAUUCAAUUUAGAUGCAUUUUAUAAUAAUCACCUAAACUCUACACAAAAAAAGUCAAUCGUCGACAGAUUACUGCUGGAGUCUCAAGAAUUAAUCGGAUCGGCUUUAACGUAUACAUUAUUUGAAUGGAUCAAGGAACAUCUGGAUGAGUUAAUAGUAGUUCAGGAAAGCAAUCAACAAGAAUCUGAGGGGAAUAAACAUGAGUCUGACCAAGUGAAAUCAACCACUACUGUAAAGGACAAAAAAGAACAUCUAUCAAAGCAGCAGAAGCGGAGAUUAGCGGACAGAGGCUUCUUAAAUGACGAAAGACCUCGAGGAUGGAACUGGGUAGAUAUAAUAAAGAAAGGGUCAUUACAAGAAGCAUAA